UGAACAAGCCCCAGGGGGCUGAAGCAGAAAAGCAAAUGAAAACAUUAGAAAAAACCAAGGCGGAAAAUAGAGACACAUUCAUCCCUUGCUGACCAUCUCGGCUGAGACACUCCACCACGGUAAUGGCUCUCGGAUGCUGCAUGCCGCUGAGGUCUAAAGCGCUGUCUAAUCUGGACAUUGAGAGUAAGCUGAGUGGACACUACCAGGCCCCUUGGCUCCUGCAGAGGAACGUGUUCCUGCCCUCGACCCGGCCCGCCUGCGUCCAAGAGCUGCAUCGACAUGCCAAGCAGAGCCUGCGGGCGCUGUACAGAGACCAGCAGCAGAGGCAGGAGGUCAGCGAGAGGCAGCGGAGGGUCACCAUCUCCAUCUCCAUGGCUCCGCCCAUCAUGCCCAGUUACCCGUCGCCCCGCGCCCACAGGACACGCCCGCAGAGAGAGAGACACCUGACCACGGAAAGGACAGAGAGAGACAUAGAAACUCAGACAACACAAACACAGUUCCAAAGCACCCGGUCCUCCUCCCCUACUGAGUGUUGUCAUUUUUCCCCAUGGAGCAGAAAGGUUGCUCCUUCAGUCGAUUCGGAUUCAGAGGCAGGGGCUCUGGGCCACUGGCCGAAGUGCCCGAUCCCAAACGUGCCCUCAACGCUGGACAAACAGACAAACUGGGCUGGAAUCUUACCAUUACCCACCCCAGAAGAGAAGAUGAAGACGGAGUCUCGAGUCAUCACCUCAUGCAUCGUUCCCAUUAACGUAACAGAGGAGGGCGCCAACGCUACUUCCCCCUCAGCGAUAUCAGCUUUGCUAAGGGUUGGGUUCGACAGAGAUGCCAGUGUGCGCUGCUCACUAGUCCAUUCGCAGUCAGUUCUUCAACGGCGGAGGAAGCUAAGGAGACGGAAAACGAUCACUGGCAUUCCCAGACGAGUGCAGCAGGAUUUGGAUUCUGACGAGUCUCCAGUGGCCAGAGAACGUACUGUGAUAGUCCACACCAACCCUGAACUUUGCCAAGAGGAUCUCACGCUCUCUCGCCUCAACACUAAGGACUCUGGUUGCCAGACAGAAGAAUUGCUGAUUGUUGGGGCUGCACCCUCACGUAGACGGAUCAGAGCACAAAGGGGGCAGGGCGUGACUGUGUCACUGUCCCAUUCCACAGGGAACAUAUCUUCUCUGCCUGACAACUCUGACACAAUGUUCACCGCCUCAGUAGGCUCCCGUCUGCGUUCCCGAAGCCUCCCGCGUGAGGGAGGGCGACUGGUGGAUGAAGGUCAUGAUGAAAGUGAUGAGGAUGAUGACGAGGAAGAACUGUCCCCGUUUGAGGCAGAGGACUUCCUACCAGUCCCAGGGGAACAUAUUCUAAAAGAUGAUGAAGAAAGCACUGAUGACCAGGCAAUCCCAGAGGGCCAGCAUAACCGUUUGGAAUUCAAGCAACAUGCUGGAACUACAGAGCAUGACUGGAUGGAGAGGGGUCGAUCCCGUCUGCCUCGUAAAGCUGACAUGGGUAGCUGUGAGAUUUCGUCAAGUUCUGAUACGUUCAGUAGCCCCAUUCACUCCGUUUCCAACGCUGGUGUGCUGACUAGCCAGAUGGACCACAAGGAAGAUCACCAGUCCUCGAGUGGCAACUGGAGUGGUAGUAGUUCUACAUGUCCCUCCCAGACAUCAGAGACCAUUCCACCUGCAGCCUCACCCCCACUCACCGGAUCAUCCCACUGUGAUUCAGAGCUAUCAUUGAAUGCAGCUACUAAUACUAAUGAUGAUUCCACAGGGUUCAUUAUUGAUCCUUAUCAUGGAGACCGAUCGCAAGGCCUCCGUAGCCAUAGGACAGGUUCAUUCACUUCCACUGCAACUGACAUGCUUGAUGAUGCUGGAGUCAGCACUGCCAGUGAGGGUGAGUGGAGCUAUCCCCUCUACAGGCACAACAUGCCUUGCCAGCCUGACUUCAGUCCUGAGCACUCUAGGGCAGAGAACAUCCUAGAAUGUCCCAGUUUUGCUAGCAUAGCCACUUUUGAAAGUUUAACAGAAAGGCCACCUUCUGAAAAGGCAGACACCGCCUCACACUAUUCUGUAGAUGCAGAGGGCUACUAUACCUCCAUGCACUUUGACUGUGGUCUUAAAGGUAGCAAAAGCUUCACUUAUAACUAUGCAUCUGUAGACCAGCAGCAGGCAGAAUAUGGACAUCAAACAAACACACUUGGGAGAAAUAGUCUCUCUCUAAGGAAACCAAAGGUGAAGCCAUCCCCGCCAAAACGUAGCUCAUCCUUGAGGACAAUAAGCAGCCAUGUUGGACCUCCCACUAACAAGAACGAACCAAAGAUCGCUGGUGGUCAGAACAAAUCAACGUCUUCCCGGGAGAGAACUCAGCAUGUGGGAUUAAACGGAGGCUCCUCGAGUCAGCUGGAGAGUGAGGAGCCACUGGGGGCUUGGGGUGUUGAGAGUUCUACAGAGAUUCCAGAAGUUGCUUUGUUUGGCUCCACAGAAACACAUUCCUUUAAGGAUGAGGGAGCUGUCCAGUCAGACUAUGCAGAUCUCUGGCUUCUUAAUGACUUGAAAUCCAAUGAUCCUUACAGAUCAUUGUCAAAUUCCAGCACAGCUACGGGUACCACUGUCAUUGAAUGCAUUAAAUCACAGGAGAGCUCAGAAUCCCAGACUUCCCAGUCAGGAUCGAGGGCCACCACUCCUUCACUACCAUCGGUGGAAAGCGAGUUUAGAUUGCCUUCACCAGAAAAGCUGGUGGGUCUAGCAUCACCUUCCAGUGGCUACUCAAGCCAGUCAGAGACACCAACAUCUUCUCUACCAUCGGCUUUCUUCCCGAACGCUCACCCAAUGUCCCCUCCUGGUGGCAAGAGGAAACCCAAAGUCCCAGAAAGGAAGUCCUCACUUGCUUCUUUGCAGCAGUACUCAUCCAAAAGGGACCUUGAAUUGCCUAUCAUUCCUCCCACCCACCUUAACCUAAGUGCCCUUCCCAAUGUCAGCAAGCCUUCAAUUCACAAAAAGCAGAUGCACAUCCUGCACCAGAGCAAACACAAGGCAGCAGCUUCAGCAGAAACCAAGCGGGAGAGUCUUUCAAGUGAUGAGCUGGCAAUCACUAGUCCUUUGGCAAUCACUCCUACAGUUCUUCGUUCAGUUCAGCUACGUUCAGUUGGCAAAUCUGGAGAAGGGAGCUACGAUCGACUUAGCACUGAUACUGCCACUAGGCCUAAGUGUCCCACUGUGACUAUCAUCACCCCACCUACUCACAAUAAACCCCAUGAAACUAGGAAACCUCCACCCUAUAGACCCCUUCUCACAGAACCUUCCUCUCAGGACAAUUGUGAAUCACUGUUUACCCCAGUAGAUGGACUAGCUGGUAAGAAUAUAGCAAGCCAUUUUGGUGCAAGAAAUAGAUAUGACCGAUUAGCCCCAUCCCCUCUUUGGAGCAUGACUGCUUUUAAGGCCCAGUCUGAUGAGGAGAACAUGGAUGAACUGACAUUGGGGAAUUCUCGAGAAGUUGCCGAAAAGGUGAGCACCUCAAAUAGUUUCUUUCCCCAGAGUAGUCUGGAAGUAGAGCAAAACCAGCCUUUGAGAUCUGAGCCAAACGAGGGAAGCCCUGGUCAGAAUGGUCUAGCAAAGAGGUCAGAUAUUCUUGACCAAGUGCCUGAUAUUGUCAAGCAAAGAUCAGAGAUAUUGCAAGCUUUUCCAAUUAGCGGUGCUGGAGAAGAAUCUGUAACAUCAGGUGUUCCAACCAGAAGUGCCUCACAGGAACAUGUAGAGGAAGGGUCAACACCAGACACAGAAGACUAUUUUAGCAGAGAGUCCACACCAAGCGAUCCAACAGUGUCCCCUCUGACUGACGAAUCCAAAUCUGAGGAUGAUAGCGUUUUUCUUUCACCAAGUAAAAGUCGCACAACAGAGGAUCUCUUUGCCAUGAUUCACAGGUCAAAACGAAAAAUGCUGGGCAGGAAAGAUUCUGGAGAAUCAGUGCGGAGCCGUUUAACCAUUGUCGCUGGGAAUGGCUCUGCAACUAAUCCUGCAACUUCGCCAAGCACCCCAAACGUGCCUGCAAGUCCACCUAUUCAAACUCAGCGAACCCCGGGUCCAAUUUAUAGGAGUGCCAAAAAAUCCAGUACCUCAAAUGAAGAGUUCAAAUUGCUGCUGUUGAAAAAGGGAAGUCGAUCCGACUCUAGUUAUCGCAUGUCAGCUACGGAGAUCCUAAAGAGCCCAAUUGCGCCCAAAAGCCCCGGUGAGCUCCUGAUGGAGGGUUCUAGACCACUUGAGGAGCCACUUUCUCCUUUACAACAGCAGUUUCCAGAGGGAAAUCAUGAUCAAAUCCACAGCCCCUUUCCAAAAUCGUAUGCUGAGGGCUUCUCCACAAAAGCUUUUCCCACAUCUGCCUCAUCUAGACAAGGCCGGUCAAGGAUGCCACCAGCUGCAAAUAGUAGCCGCUACAGUACACGCAGUCGGCUGUACACUGCUCCCAUGCAGGCCAUAUCAGAAGGGGAAACAGAAAACUCAGAUGGAAGCCCACACGAUGACCGUUCCUCCUGAAAAAUUCAAAAUUGAGCAUCAACUAAGUCUAGACACAAUCUUUGACAUUUAGUCAAUAAUGCUGUGCUCUUGGCAUACUAUAUAUUUUUUAAGUAUCUGUUCUUAAGAAGACCGUAAACCAUAGACAAACUACAUAGUGUCUGUACCCUUUUGUAUCAAAAAGAACAAAUCAUUCUGAUGAUGGUUUCAGUGGUGGUGUUCCAAUAACUUCCAUGAGCAUAUUUAUUUAAUGUAAAUGCUUUGUUUGUGUACCAUUCAUUUGAGAAUGAGAGUGGAGAAAACUACAUGCUAAAAAUCCAUCACUUUGUAAUUAUUCACGGAUGCUUUUUGUCACAAUUAACAUUGUCUAGAAACAGUACUGUACAGGGGUAACUGUGAAAAUGGGUCCAGAAGAUGUUAAAAGAAGGGAAAUCUUUCUUGUACCUUAAACACAUACUGUUUAUGGCAAACAGCUUGGGACAAUCAAAGAGUGGCCUUUUGUAUAGAUAGCUGUAGCAUAAAUGGGCUAAGUACUUCUGAGUUAGCCAGCAACUGGAUCAUAUUGGGCAAGAGAUGUAGCUGAGUUGGGUUAUCCUGAUGGCCAACCAAUAUUUUGCACUUCUUUUGGUACUGAGAAAAUAUCAGACAUUUUUGAGAAAUCUUAUAAAAUGCCACAAAAGAAAAAGUGACAUAAAAAUAAAUAUCUACAAAUAGAAUAGGAUUUUUUAAAAUGUAUUUUAAUGAGAUUUACGAUCUGGAAAAUUGUCCAUUUUGGCAUUUUUAAGAUAUUGAAAGACUUUUAAUGCGACAUCUAAUUUUAAAGCAAUUGAAUGACGACAUGAUUCUUCCCUUCCAUUCAAUAUUUAUAUAUUUUUUAAGCAAAUUUCUUAAAAAA